UCUCACCGAACCUCUCAUGUCUUGACAGAGCGUUGCGUGAUGGAGCUACGGCCAUUGGUGAUGUGUUUCGCGCUGUGUGUGGUGUAUGCCACCAGCAAGCCCAUGGAGAAGAAAGACCGCGUUCACCACGACGACCCGCUGAGCGAGAAGGAGCACGAUGACGGCGAGAGCUUCGACUACGACCACGACGCCUUCCUCGGCGAGGAAGAGGCCAAGACAUUUGACCAGCUCACCCCCGAGGAGAGUAAAGAGAGACUGGGAAAGAUUGUAGAAAAAAUCGACGAAGACAAAGAUGGGUUCGUCACGACAGAGGAGAUGAAGAAAUGGAUCAAGUUUGCGCAGAAGCGCUGGAUUUAUGAUGACGUGGACCGGCAGUGGAAGGGCCACGACCUCAACGAGGAUGGCGUCAUUUCCUGGGAGGAAUACAAGAAUGUGACCUACGGCUAUGUGCUUGAUGACAAUGACCCCGACGACGGCUUCAACUACAAGCAGAUGAUGUCGCGGGACGAGAGGCGCUUCAAGAUGGCCGACAAAGAUGGCGACCUUAUCGCCAGCAAGGAGGAGUUUACAGCUUUCCUGCAUCCGGAGGAGUUUGACUACAUGAAGGACAUCGUGGUGCUGGAAACCAUGGAGGACAUCGACAAGAAUGGGGAUGGAUAUAUUGACUUGGAGGAAUACAUCGGGGACAUGUACAACCAUGAGGGUGACCCCCAGGAACCCGAGUGGGUGAAGACGGAGCGAGAGCAGUUUGUGGAGUUCCGGGACAAGAAUAAAGAUGGGAAGAUGGACAAGGAAGAAACGAGGGACUGGAUCCUGCCUUCGGAUUACGACCACGCUGAAGCAGAAGCAAAGCACCUGGUCUACGAGUCUGACACGGACAAGGAUGGUCAACUCACUAAAGAAGAAAUAAUCGCAAAGUACGAUUUGUUCGUUGGAAGUCAAGCCACUGACUUUGGAGAAGCCCUAGUACGACAUGAUGAGUUUUAAAUCUUUCCACAUGGGGAAGUCUUUUAAUGUUGACUAGAUAAGAAAUAAUUUAUUUUAUGGCUUCCUGUUCAAAUACCUGGUCUCAGAUAAGACAGUUAUGAGGACAUGCAAUGUAUUCUGUUGGUAUGUAAAAUGCAUUUCCGAAACCACCCGGUUGUUAUACUUGAUUACUCACAGUUGAAAGACAUUUUGGCAUGUAGCGGGUUGAAAGACAGUGUGUGCGAUUAUUUGCAGCAAAUUCUCUGACAGAAGCUCCUUCACAAUUUUAAAACAUCAGGUGGCAAUUGAGCGUGUUCAGCCUUUAACUGUACAACUUUUAACUUGUGGGAGGAAGUUGUUAGGUUGUCAUGGGAGGAUGUGAUAUUGGCUUUGCAGGUGAUCCUUUGAAGCCGUAUAUGAAUGAAGAACAAGCUUUGGUAUCUUUGCUUUUUGACACUUUUUUGAAUGUUUUACGUCGUGUUCAUGUUUUGAUAAAUUGUUUCUUAUAUGGGUCCUUAAUAGAUUCGUUUAGUUUAACAAACCGAGCUCCACACUAUUUCUUGGGGCCUUUGCUCCUUUCAAAUGUUGUUUCUUUUUAACUUCCUGUUUUCCAAAUGGGAGCUGAUCUUAAAAAAAAAAAAAAAAAAAAAAAAAAAAAAACCAUGGAAGGAAAAAGCCGUUGGUCAGUUUAUUAGGUGGUUUACGGGAGGUGUAGAACUAAUUGGAGUAAAUAUCUGUAGAAAUAUGGUUUUUCUGAUAGGUAUAUCUGUCAGUAGCAAGAGCCAUUUCGAAAGGUGCUGGUCUGCUUUGGUCCCUGCAGGGUGCUUGGGCUGGAGGGGGGGUUUGGUGUACCCAAGCACUUACGCACUUGAUUAUACUAAUUGAUAUUAUGCUAAUUGAACCAAUAUUUCACUACUGAGGUUAUUAGCAGUUUAAUGAGAAUGGGGAAGAUUAGUCUGCCGGCACUGCAGUCUUUGUGGACCAGGGUUGAAAGUCACAGAUCUAGGGCAAUGGAUGGAGUGACCCAGGUGGUCUCUGUGGACCCUUCCCCUCCCCUUUACACAAUUUUCUUAACCACUGUUCAGAAUUUGAUGAAUUGUCAUAUAGACCUUUUGUAUAGUCUGCAUAAUGCAAUGUUGGUAACCCUACUUUUGUUUACUGUAUGUAAGUUGAAAGCCUGUGUAUAUGAUUACCUCAAUUUGUACGCAAAAUGAGCAGUAAAAUACAAGGAUUUGAAUCAAGUUCUGUAACUGCAUUGCGGUUGGAUAUUACAUUUUUUUUUGUCAAUAAAACGAAAUCCAAUAAACAAA